AUGCUCAAUUGCAAUUUAGAAGCUUGCUCCAUGUCACUUUUCACAAUCCAUUGUCUUGCUUCAUUUAUUUGUCUUACUAAUGCUGAGAAGGCUCACUAUGCUACCCGAGAUCCAAUUACAGCAUUAAAGUACCUGCUGGAAAACAGUUUGGCAAGUGAAGCAGAAUUAACUGCCAUAGAGAAGAAGAUCGAGGAGGGGGUGGAAGAUGCCGUUGAAUUUGCAGAUAAAAGCCCUGUGCCGGCUUGUAGUCAGCUGCUGGAAAAUGUAUUUGCAGAUCCUUGGGGCUUUGGAAUUGGACCUGAUGGGAAGUACAGGUGUGAGGAUCCUAAAUGUACUGAAGGCACGGCUCAAGUCUAG